AUGUCUUCUAUACCUUCAACGGCAGAAAUCUCGCGCGCUAGCUUCCAAGCUGUACUUGCGCUCUAUCCUGCUUUUGCUAAGCAGGCAUACGGCGUGAGGCUCAAGGACCCAAAGAAGGUUGCUGAAGCUGUUCAACGCGACAAAUGGCGUUUCGAAGAUCUGCCGUCCCAGAUAGCCGCAGCCCGGAAUGGGGAAACUACACUUGCCAUGAAGGAUAUCAAAGCAGGAGGAUUGACCAAAGAUGCAUUGGAGAGAUUAGUCCAGUGGAAGAUCACACAUGGCCAAUUCCGACCUUUUCUGCCGGGUAUGGUUCGCAAGAACGACCCAUCUGUGAUCCAGCAACAAACUGCCCUUGCUUUCGAGACCCUUGAAUCAUCGGAUUUAUCGUCUCCAUCCACUCAGACGAUCAUCAAGGCUCUCGAUAUCGUUUGCAAGCUAUCCGGAAUCGGUCCAGCAACGGGAACGUUGAUCCUCAACCUAUAUGAUCCCACAAACGUGCCAUUUUUCCAAGACGAGUUGUUCGCAUGGCUUUUUCCCGAGUCGAAGGGAGUCAAAUUAAAAUACAACCAGAAGGAGUAUCGCCAAUUGAUUGAAGCAACUCAACCUAUAUUAGAGCGACUCAAAGUUACAGCGAUGGACCUCGAAAAGGUUGCAUAUGUGCUUGGACACAAAGAUGUUGUCGAUGACGAAUUAAGGCAAAAGUUAGAUGAGGCCUUGAGCCAGAGUCUCUCAAGCAAAGACGAACCAGAAACAGGAUUGGACAAAUUGAAGGGCAGUGCCCCGUCUGCGGACCGCGAGGAAAUCGCCCCUAAAGAUCAUCCUCAGAAGACGCGGAAACGGCCAGUUGGGAAUACCUCCAACGCGGAUGAAGAGCCAAGGAAACGUCGAUCGCAGCGUGGAAAGUGAACAAAUAACCUUGGUGUGAC